AUGAAAAAGAAGGAUAUGGAAAUUGAUUCACCUUUUGAAUCAAGCUGUAACCCCUCAGAGCAAAUUACUUCUCUAGACGUUCCAAAACAUAAGAGGUGGCGGUGUGCUAAUUACACCCAUAAGAUUGGAGCUGAUGAAAGUUCAAGAGGUGUUAGAGUUGAGGAGACUAAUAGUCCAACUACCGAGGUGAUAUUAUCUAAGCAAGUUGUUAGUGGAUAUUCUCUUCAAAUCCCCUCGAAAGGGAAAAACAAUGAUCAUGGCACUUAUGGAUCCGGUGCUAAUAUUCUUAUUCAACCAUCACAUGCUUCCCCAAGUAUUGAAAAAGUUGAACAUCAUUUGAGGAAUAACAACAUAUCAUUGCAUAUAAAUAAUGACUUUGAUUUGAGGAAGUUUCCCGAAGAUAGACAUGCCUCUUCCCAUAUGCAUAUGGUUCCAGGAAAGAAUUUGCAAGGAGGAAGUUUAUCAAAAGGGGAAGAUAUUGUACAAAUGUUGAUUGGUAUGGGAAUGAUAACUUCUCAGCCAGAAAGUAAUUUAUAUUUUAAACAGAAGUUAGGUCAAACUCUAGGCUGCUUCAUGGGUGCUCAGAAACAUGUUGAAAAUGACAUAAUCCAAACAAAGAGCAUACCAAAUUGGACAUUGACUAUACUGAAGGACAAUAACAGUUGUGAUCCUCUAAAGGCAAAUGGGGUUGAAUCAAGUCAAUCUUUUAAAAAAAGAGUAAAUCCUACCAUAAGACAAUCAAUUUUGGUUCAAUCAGAUCAAUCUAGUAGAAAUGGAUUCAUCAACCUCAACCGGAACAUUGACCUCAACUACAGGCAAGAGAUUCAUAUUACUCCAAAUUCACUUCAAUGGGAAAAUCACCAAAUUCAAAAAUUAAUGGUGUAUCUCUCGGAUCCCAAGAGAAAAAAAAGAAAGGCUCAUGCACUUACACAAUUUGACGGAAGAAAAUUACAGCAGUCUGCGUCUUCAAGUGGUCUUCUGUGCACCACUAGAGAUUCUGAUCCAAAUGAUAAUAUUUCCAAACUAUUGGAUGUGGGGGGAUGUAGUACACCUGCAACUGUAUUGCCUGUCAGUAGAAUUGCUAAAAAGGAUCUUCCUUGCCUUUUAAACCAAAAUCCUGCUGAUAUUGCAGAUACUGAUGAUGAAAGGUACUUCAGAACUGGUGAGGAUCAAAGAAUUCGGGAUAAGAGUUCAUUGCCAGAAAAAUCUGGAGUUAAUGUAAAGUUGGAUGGACGGCAGAGGCAGAGACAUCAAGAUUUGGGGGUGUAUUUUGAAAGAGCAAUUUUUGAGAGGUUUUCGAGGUUUUGUCCCAUGAAAGGCGCUAUAGCAGAUGGUGAGAAGGCUAGAGACAAUGUUUACAUGAAAGUUAUGGCUACCAUGACUCACAGUAGAGGACAAACUAGAGGUGGUACUAGAGGUAGAGGGAGAGCAAUAGUCCCAGUCGGGGCUAAAGCUCUAGCUGCUAAGCUGGUGCGAGAAAGGAUUGGGUCCUCUUCACCUAGAGAGGUUCUUGAGGUUGUGAGUCAGGAUGUAGAGCUUGCAACUCUUCAGAUGGUAACUUCAGGCAAGUCAUUUCAGGAGUUGGUUGAUCAUACUAAGAAUGUAGAUAGUGAGAAGCAAGACUUUUAUGCUAAGUCUAUGAAGAAUAAGGGCAAGAAAGGUGAUGGUUUCAGUGGGCAGUUGAAGGUUCAUGAGAAGAAUUACUCCACUCAUUACUUAAAGCUGGCAGCUGUGGUAUUUGCUUUAAGAUUUGAAGGCAUUAUUUCUAUGGUUUCUGAUGGGAGUUCAAUGGAGACAUCAGUUGGAAAAGAUUGUCAUGAUGCAAGUGAUUCGAAAUCAUUGGGAUCAGAGCUAAGGCGAACUGAAUUAUCUGUUGAUCUUAGUCUUCCAUUGCCAGUGAUAGUGAAUGGGAGGGAUUGUCAGCAAUUUUCGAUACGUCAAUAUGUUGCUGAGAUGAAAAAGAAGGACAUGACAUUUUGUUCACCUUUUGGAACAAGCAGUAACUCCUCCGAGCAACUUUCUUCUCUAGAAGUUCCAGAACUUAAGCGGUUCUGGUGUGCUAAUUACAGUCAUAAGAUUGGAGCUGAUGGAAGUGUAGGAAACAUAGUUGGAUUACCUUCUCUUGGAUUGAGAAAGGGAAUUGAUCAAACAUCAAAGGGAGGUGAUGCAAAUUUGGCAGAAAAUAGUCGGUGUGAUUUGCGUGAGGAUACUGCAAAUGAUCCAAAGCGUCGUAAAACACCAAAAGUGCGGUUGAUGGCCGAAUUGUUGAGUGGAAAAGGCAACUUGGGGAGGAGUUCUACGAAAGCUGAACUAUUUUCAAUGAAUACUAUAUCCAUGGAGCUAGAUACAGUUGUUGCACCUAUAGAUAAGGGUGUCAGAAUGGUGACUUCUCAGCCAGAAAAUGAGUUAUAUUUGAAAGAGAAGUUAGUCCAAACUCUAAGCAGCUUCACGGGUGCUAAGAAAUAUGUUAAAAAUGACACAAUUCAAAGAAAUAUCAUACCAUAUUGGCCAUUUACUAUACCGAAGGGCAAUAAGAGUUGUGAUCCUCUCAAGGCAAAUGGAGUUGAACCAAUUCAACCUUUACAAAAAGGAGUAAUCCCUACAGUAAGACAACCAAUUGUGGUUCAAUCAGAUCAAUAUAGGAGAGAUGGAUUCAUCAAUCUUAAUCAAACCAUUGACCUCAAUCAUAGGCAAGAGAUUCAUCUUUCUCCAAAUCCACUUCACCGAAAAAAUCAUCAAAUUCAAAAAUUAGUGUUGCAGGAAACUCCUCACCCUAGCAACAAGAUAAACCUUAAUGAGAUUCAAGAUAAUUCAUAUGUAACUAUUACAAAAAAAAAUCAACGAACUAUGAAGGUUACAGAAAGAGGACCAUCAACUUAUGUACCACCAAUGGAUAAUAUGGAGACGUUCAGGAAUCGACAUGAAAGGAGUCAUCCCCGAGCCCAAAAUGGAGUACUUUCAUGGAUAAAUCCUGAAUCAACAAACUUCAAUCCAUUUUAUGCUAAUGUUGGAUUCCUCAGAGGUAGUAGUGCAAUGACGCAGGUUAAGGAGCAACCAAUCAAACAUCCAAAUUCAGUGCAAGUUUCUUCUCAUGUCCCCGCCGGAUGGAGGCUGCAGAAUGUCGCAAGAUCAAAUCUUAUACGAUUUUCUAUUGCACAGAACACAACUUUUCUACCUUACAAUCUAGAUGAAAAUCAUAAACGUGAACAAGUUAACCUUAGCUCAAUUCAAAAAGGAAAGACUAUAAGUGACCUUAAAAGUGUGAAUUCAACGAGAGCAGAGGUCAUGAGAACCAAAGGUAUGAGGUCUUUGAAUUCUUUUUCUAGUGAGGGCAUGUCAGCAACACAAUUAUCCCGAUAUCAAGAGAGACAUUUUACCCCCCAAAACAUCCACUCACCGUUUCUCAUGCACGAAAAUCCAAGUAUAUACAAUGGAUUCUUCUUGCCUCAUCAUCAAUUGAAGGAGUCCUCUGAUGCUUAUAUGAGUGGUUUUACUGAAGUUCAAAGCUCCCGCCAACAUGUUUCUUACUAUAAGGAUCAAGGUGUAUCUCUCGGAUCCCAAGAGAAAAAAGGAAAGACUCAUGCACUUGAACAACUUGGCAGAAGAAAAUUACAACAGUCUGCAUCUUCAAGUGACCUUCUACACACCACAAGAGAUUCUGAUCCAAAAGUUGAUCUGAUACAGGAUGAUGAUAUUUCCAAAAAAAUGGACAUGAGGGGCUAUAGUACCCCUGCAACUGUAUUGCCUGUCAUUAGCAUUCCUAAAAAAGAUCCUCCUUGCCUUUUAAACCAAAAUCCUGCUGAUAUUAUAGAUGCUGAUGAUGAAAGGUACUUCAGAACUGUUGAGGAUCAAAGAAUUUGGUAUAAGAGUUCGUUGAGGGGAAAAUCUGGAGUUGAUGUAAAGUUGGAUGGACGGCAGAGGCAGAGGAGAAAGGAAAGGUCAGGGAGAAUGCCAGUUGUUGGUUUGAAAAGUUAAUUCUCCUUGGAGCAUAAUAGAUGUUAAUCCAA